AUGGCUGGUGGAACCAGUAUCUGGGUCAGCAGCGAGGCCAAAACUGAUCCGAGAGCUAUCUUCAAUCUUCGCCUUCUCUAUCUGCUGGUUGCUGUGUCUUGGGCUGGCUCUUUUUACGGUUUUGAUACUGGGAAUAUUGGGGGAAUCCUUACUCUUCCGUCGUUCAAAAGCGCAUUCGGCCUUAACGAUGUUUCCCAAGCAGAGCAAGACAAUCGUCAAGGAACGAUCGCAUCCAUGCUCGCAGCUGGUGGCUCGGUCGGGGCCUUGCUAGCAGCGCCCACAUCCGAUUAUUUUGGCCGUAAAUGGUCCGUGUUCAGCUGGGGAUUAGUUUUUGUCGUGGGCGCUGCGAUGCAGAUGAUUGCAGACUAUGAUGUCCUUCUGGCCGGUCGCUUCAUUGCUGGUAUGGGUGUUGGCGCGUCAUCAAUGCUCACGCCUCAAUUCCUCGCCGAGAAUUCCCCCAAAUCUGUCCGCGGGUCGAUGACAGCGACAUAUAACCUGAUGAUCGUGACAUCACUUAUGUUGGCUUUUUGGGUGAAUUAUGGAGUCUCCAAGUGGUCCUUCCCGGGUGUUGAGUUUGACAACACCCAGUGGCGUGUCUCAAUGGGUAUUCAAAUAAUUCCUGGUGUCCUUCUGUGUUUGAUGAUUCCAUUUUUAUCCGAAACCCCGCGGUGGUUGAUCAACCAUGGAAAGUCUGAGCAGGGCCUCAAGAAUAUCUGCCAGCUCAGAAAGUUGCCAGCGGAUCAUGAGUACGUGCAGACUGAAUAUCGCGAGAUCGAAGCGCAGGUAAGGCAAGAGCAGGAAUCUUAUGCAGGACACAACUAUUGGGUUGUCGUGAAAGAUAUAUUCACGUCCAGAAGCAACUUUCAGCGUUUCUUCCUGGCUGUCAUGCUUUUCUUGUUCCAUAAAUUUACGGGAACAGACUCUCUGAACUACUACGCCCCCGAAAUAUUUGCCUUGAUUGGUGUCAAUUCUGGCUCGUCUAGCCUGCUUACAACCGGUAUAUACGGCGUUGUCAAGACAGUGACAACUAUAUUUUAUGUGGGCUUCUUGGUUGACCGAGUUGGUCGUCGUCUUCCCCUUCUUGUAGGUGCCACAAUGCAAGCUACUGCAAUGCUAUAUCUCGCUCUAUACCUGCGAUUUGCAGGAACCAAUACGGACAAUGUGGGAGGAACACCAGCGGGAGGAAUCGUCGGUAUUAUAUGGAUCUAUAUCUACGCAUUUGGAUGGUCAUUUGGACAUUCAGUCGCAUGCUACGUUGUUGCGGCAGAGAUAUUCCCUACCAGAAUUCGAUCAUUUUGCAUGUCUAUUUGUUUUUUUAUUAACUGGAUCGUGGACUACGGCAUAACCCGAGCGACCCCAAAUAUGAUUACUGAAAUGGGAUGGGGGGUGUUUCUGCUCUAUGCGAUGCUGACAUACCUUGGGGUGAUUUUUAUCUACUUCUGCCUCCCUGAGAUGAAGGGCCGCUCGAUCGAGAGUAUGGACAAUCUCUUCGAAAGACCGCUGUGGCUGAUGUGGCGACAUGCCUAUCCCACCGAGGAAGAAAAGAUUCGAUCUGAUGUUCGUGAGAACAUUGUUGCUGGGAAACUGGACAAUGAUGAUGAGAGGCAGAAAGAUCGUGCAGAGCAUGUGGAAAACGCCUAA